AUAUAGUUUGACAGCACUAAAUCAACUUCUUGUUAAAGGUAAACCUUCCCCUCAUACAUACCAAGACCACUAGCGUGUGGGCACAUAAAACUAGGUUGUGGCUUUCACAAAAACCACAUCCAGGACAUUCAGCCUCAACACAAGAGGAAGCACUUUUAUCUUUCAGUUUUGCGUCAGUUAAGUCUCAUCACUUCUUCGUCUUCCCCCAUCCACGAUGACGGUUGACGACAGCUUCAACGCCUCUUGCUCCCUCUUCUUUAACUCCUCCAUCAACAACCGCUCCUCCUCUGGAACGCCUCUGACCUCCAGCCUCCAUCCCUGGUACAUCAUUGCCGGUGUGAUUACUGCAGUCAGUUGCCUGCUCGGUAUCCCCGCCAACAUCGCCGUGAUAGUAAAACUCAGUCGGCAUCUGCACGGCUCCUCCAUCUCGCAGCGGCUCUUCUUCAACCUGGCGGUGUCGGACCUCCUCUGCCUGCUCUGCUUGCCCGUUGGCGUGGUCAUUUUCUUCUACAGUCCACAUUUGACACACGGAGUCUGUCAACUUCUCUUUUACUUCUUCUUUUUCUGCAUCACCUCCGGCUUGAACAUUCUGGUGCUGAUAAGUAUUCAGAGGUACUACCAGGUUCUUCACCCCAACAAGUGGGCCAGGUUGGGCCGGAUAUGGCAGCGUUUUUUACUGUUCACCGUGUGGAUGCUCGGAGCCCUGGUGGCUCUUCCAGUUGUGUUUUUACUAGAGGAGAAAGCCGAGGACGAGUGGACUUACGGUCAUUCCUGCAGGAAUCAGAGGAUCACACCGGUGCUCGAAGCAUUCUACAUCUUAUUUAUAGUUUCCAGCCAUCUAGUCGUGUUGUCUUUCUACCUGCUGCUAGUUAGAGGGGUCAAGCGAACUCAAAUGCCCAACAAGAAACAGCCCAGAGUUACUGAACUUUUCAUUCGAAUACUCGCCGUCUCUCUGGUCGUCGGCUUUUUUCCUCUCGUUCUUCGCAUGCUGUAUGUGGCUGCGCUUUUCACCGCGUCGAACAAACUGCUCCAAGUUAGUAAGAUGCUGACGUUUGUGGAAUGUUUUUACUUUUUCAAUCACUGUCUGAAUCCAUUCCUGUAUUUCUUUGCCUCUCGGCAUCACAGAGGAGAAAGCAACACAAAGAGAAAGUGUCUCCUCAUGCCCCUUAAUGACAACUUCGAAUAAGGUCCCUGCAUUAUGAAUGGUUUUAAACUCCGUCAUACUAAUGUGUAUUGAUAGACAUUGAUAGUAAAACUCUUGGGAAAACUGAAUACAGUGUCUCCCUUUUGUAUGUACUGUGCAAUUCGGACUGAAUUCAUCAACUUAAGUACAGAAACGUCUCUAGGACAUUUGUGUUAUUUUCCUGUUGUUUGUCGAUGCUGCCUCUAUCUUUUAUCUCUUACUAUAUUAAUUUGUAAGCUUAUGUUUUUUCAUCAUUACAGCGUCUCAUAAAACAAUUAAAUCAUAAUUAUCUGAUUGUGUUUUACAUUUUUUUGCAUUGUUUUUUAUUGGACUAAUUGAAAUCUUGACCAGAAAUCUUGAUGAAAAGAUAUGGGUUGACCAAACAAUUCAUCCUGAGAGGACCAUGAAUGUCUGUACGAAAUUGAAUAGCAAUCCAUACAAUAGCAGUUGAGAAAUGUCACUAAAAACCACAAAUGUCAACCUUGUGGUGGCGCUAGAGAGAAAGUCAGAGAAUCAAUAGACUCAUUAGGAUUCAUCAUCUGGAGACCAUGAAUGUCUGUACAUAAUGUCAUGCUAAUCCAUCCAAUAGUUGUUGAGAUAUUUCAGUCUGGAGUGGCGGAUGAUGAAAUGGUUGUAUUUUUCUUGGAAAACUUCUCACAUAUGCAAAGAUUUAGCAGUGUGUGUGUGUGUGUGCGUGUGUGUGUGUGUGUGUG